UCAUCAUGCAGCCUGUAACAACAGAACAUCCAGCUGGAGAGGAGGAAUGAGCUGAGGCUAUUCUCUCUCUGGUCUUCUGUAGGAUUUUUAAGUGAGGCAUGCUUUAGAACCUCAGCUCUUGGAGAACGCUAUUAGUCAUAGAAUGGAGCAUUCAUCCUUCUGCCUCCUCCUUGGCUUGUCUAUCAUCCUGCUAAACGGAAGCAUCACUGAAUCCUCCCCUGUCAUUUUCAAUGACUCUUUGGAAAGCAGUGGGCAACUGGAAUCUGGGAGCACAGACCUGCUCCCCACACCCAGCAUUUCCUCUUACCUAAAUAUGUCAGUUCUGUCCACCUCCCUCGAUGGAGAAAAUGAAACCAAGCCUUUUAUAAAUCAAGUGGUGGACUUCUUUCAAGAGAACCUCCUUCUCGUUGUUGUCAUUACCACGUUGCUUCUUCUCGUUUUUACCAUCAUCUGCUCAGCUGCGAUCCUGAGCCGCAGACGUAAAGUCAGCGCAUACUACCCUUGCGCUUUCCCGUCCAAGAUGUAUGUCGAUGAGAGAGACAAGACCGGAGGAGCUCGCUUCUUCAAUGAAGUUCCAGAGAACGUCAACAUCAGCCCUAGUGAGGAGCCAUUGAAUUCAGCCAAGAAGCUUCAGGAGGACAUCAUGUUGGCUACCAAGAACCUACGGACUCCGGUUAAAACACCAUGGAGAGAGAAGAAUAUAAUGGUGGAGAAUGAAAAACCUACAGAUAAUGUGGAAAGUUGUGACAUGAGUCAGAAGGAGAAUUCUGGCUUGCUAGAGGAAAAGACUACGUGUCAGUCAGUUGUUGAGGAUUCUUUGGAAAACAACAACCCCAGUAAGUCCCAGGACAGUAUUAAUGUUUCUGACGUGGAAAAGAGUGACCCGUCUGAUUCUGGGCCCCCUGAAGAGAGCAAACAUUCAUCUGAGCCUGACAUUCGAGUGGACAUGAACAAACAGGAUGUUGUUAAUUCAGGCACAUCAGUUAUCAGUGAAGAGAAAACAGCAUUUUAGUGUGACGUUUUAAAAGGUUUAAGGGAACAUCUAGACAUAAACACAAAGAAAGUUUGUUUCUUGGAUACGUCGUAAGACUCUCACAGUAGCUCACAGUUGCUUUACUAAAGAACAUUUCUAUUGCAUUAAAGGGAUAUUAUUUGAAAGAAAUGUUUGUUAAAAUUAUGACUUCACUAUGACGACAUAUAAAUGUCAAAGAUUAUUUUAAAUAGCUAUUUUUAUUCAUUUGCUUUUGUGUGACGUAAAAUUGCUGUAUAACGGAUGCCUGUAAGGCAAGACUGUAAGAUGUGUCCGACUAUUUUAUGUUUGACUGAUAAUCUAUUUUUAUAUUUCAUUUUAUUUUAUAUUUUGAUAUCUGAGUGCUGUUUUUUGGUGAAUAAAAGUUUCCAUCAAGUGAAAACUGUGUUCACAAACCAGAUUUAAUCCAGACAAUUACAGACAAUACUAUUUUCUUUCUGUUUAAAUCUGACACUUGACUAUGAAGUGUGGUGCAAGCACAUAUCCAAAAAAUAAAGAAAGAAAACUUACUACUCCUAUUAA